GAAGUAUAUUUUCUGUAAAACUAGAUCCCAUAAACCCGACCCGAAGAUUCCAAUUUCCAAACACUUCCAUGGUCAUCCCUCUUGUCUCUGCUCUCUUUCCCUCAUUUCGCUCUGUUGGAUUCGGCGGCUGUUAUCCCCCUCAUUUAUAAACCCACGACGAUAGAGUUCUCAACAUUGAUCGAGCAGUUCAAGUAGUUUGAAAGCAAAGGAGGCCCUUUUUUGGCUGCAGAAUUUGUAUGAGGCAUUGUUUUCACUGACCCAGAAAAAAUCAUGAGGAUCAUUGCAGUUGCCAGAUCUUUUCGUGCUCGUCCCACACUACCAAAAGCAACUGGUCAUUUGCAAGUUCGUGCGUUCCAACCCGAUUUUGUUCCGAGGGAUCCCAAGGCCAAGCCGAUACGCUACAAAUAUCCGGAAGUCUAUAACCCCUAUGGCCCUAGACCCCCACCCUCGGAUAAAAUUGUUCAGCUUGCUGAAAGAAUUGCGGCGCUGGCCCCUGCAGAACGGUGUCAACUUGGUCCUGCACUCGUGGAGAAGCUAAAGCUUCCGCAGCUGCAGCCCAUAUCAACAGAAGGCAUGGACUUAGGUCCACAGGGAGGGGCUGCUGGUGGGUCAAAGGCUGAGGAGAAGAAGGUUGAGAAAACUGCUUUUGAUGUCAAAUUGGAGAAGUUUGAAGCAUCUGCAAAAAUCAAGGUGAUCAAGGAAGUGCGGGCUUUUACCAGUCUCGGAUUGAAGGAGGCUAAAGACCUUGUUGAGAAGGCACCUUGUGUGCUGAAACAAGGGCUUACCAAAGAGGAAGCAAAUGACAUGAUUGAGAAACUAAAGGCUGCUGGAGGAGUUGCUGUUAUGGAGUAAACUUCUAGUUUUAUCUUAUAGUGUUGGUUAUCCCGUGUCCCUCAAAUGAGCUACAUUGUUGUUUCUGUUUAUGAUUUAUGGAAGUUCAUUGCAGCUUUCAAUAUAUUUUGAAUGUAGGAAGUAAUAAUUAUGUGGAUCUACUUUGCAAAGCUUGGUUCAAACUAAAUUUUGUAGUCGAGGCAGCAAAAUUUGUCAGUUCAUUA